UCAUUGGCUCAGGCGGUAAGAGCGGCCGUCUCAUUGGCUCAGGCGGUAAGAGCGGCCGUCUCAUUGGCUCAGGCGGUAAGAGCAGUAAGAGCGGUUGUCUGGCAGUCAGAAGGUUGCCAGUUCAAUCCCUGACGAGCUGGUUGGUGCCUUGCAUGGCAGCCAAUUGCUGUUUGUGUGUGAGUGUGUGUAUGCAUGGGUGAAUGAGAAGCAUCAGUUGUACAGCGCUUUUGAUAAAGGUGCUAUAUAAAUGCCAUGGGUUGGGGGGGGCAGGGGGGUUGGUUGGGGGGGUCAUGCCCCCCUGCCUACACCCCUACCCUGGGGCUUACACACACAUUUGUCAUUUUCUGCGGGCUUUUCUUUUUGGACAGGGGACGGUUUCAGAAACACUUCCCAUGUUUUCCAUGGAUCUGCUUUUGUUGCUUUUGCUGGAAGUUUUAGAAAUGGCAGGCUUUAUUUACUGAAAAGAGUGAGUGAGCCAUUGCAUUUUACACUUACUAAAUCAGGACUGUUCUGCAGAGGGAAGCGCCACAGGAAGAAGAUGUCUCAGAGUUGUCUGAACUGUUUGAAGUACACAAUGUGUGUUGUUAACCUCAUAUGCUGGCUGUGUGGAACUUCUAUCCUGGGUUUUGGGAUUUAUUUGAUGAUGAACUCCUCGCUCUCAUCACUGGUUCCCUCCCUGGCAUCCUUGAAUAUAGCCAAAUCCCUGGUCAUCACUGGCACAAUCGUCACCUGCAUAUCCUUUCUGGGAUUCCUUGGUGCCCUCAAGGAGAAUCGAUGCCUGCUCAUCUCUUACUUUAUCCUGCUGUUCAUCCUGAUGUUGGCAGAGCUGUCCGUUGCCUGUGUCCUGCUGAUAUAUGAGCAACAGAUCGACAAAUUUUUUGCCCAAGAGCUAAUGGGCAGUCUGGAGGAGUUGAAAACAAAGAACCAGACAAAUAGAGAUGACUGGGACACAAUCCAGAACAUGUUCCAAUGCUGUGGGGUCCAUAACAUGUCUGACUGGAAGGACAAUGUACCUGCUUCAUGUUGCAAUACCAACCCCUGCAAACCUCGACCACAGUACUGGUCAGAGGGCUGUUAUGAGAAGUUUAAGUACUGGUUCGAGGAGCACUUCCUGAUUGCAGGAGCAGGGAUGAUUGGCCUUUGCAUUAUUGAGGUCCUGGGCAUGUGCUUUUCUAUGACCCUAUUCUGCCACAUCAGCCGGUCUGGGCUGGGUUACAAGUAGAAGAAUUUUCUCUCUCUACCUCUUCUACAGGGACACUGAAUACCUGUUUGGGCUUUCAGUGAAAUGGCAGAUCAACUGUAAUCAAGCUCAUUAGACAGUAACAGAAGUCUUGGAUUGGUUAUUAUGUGGUCAUAGAAGUGUUUUACCCUGGCUAUUUCACUGUGACAAAACUGUUAUAUCCGGGUAAUUACAUUGUGAUGGAAUUGGAAUAUCCUGGUUAUAACACUGGCGGAAUUGUUAAAUCCUGAUUAUUACUUUAUGUCGUGUUAUCAUUGAAACAGCCAUUUAAUUUUGUAUCUGCCUUUAAUACAUAUAAUAAUAGUGAUAUAGGAUAUACAUUACAUUAUCAUGAUGUAAUAUUGUCCUAAUUAGCCAUUGUUUGACAGACCGUACUUAAUAUCAUAUAAGGAAAUGUUACUUAAUUUUCUGAAUUGAUUCUUAAUUGACAAUGUGUGUUAACUUGUAGACAAUCACGUGGUUAAAAAUAACCUUUUAUUUUGGAUCCUUAUUACUAUUAGACCACUUUCUGAAUUAAGUGCUUAUUAGGAGUCUUUCUCUGUCUCUCUCCCAGCAGACAGACAUUUGACCUUAAUGUCUCUGCUUCUCCUGGAAGGGGGUAGCUAGCACAUUCCGGUCUUAGCAAGGUCAACAAGGGGUAUUCAUGUCUUUUUGUUUUGCCCCCCCUUCUGGAAAAGUGUGUAGAAGACUCUUACUAAACUCAAGUUUAGCUAUCGUUGUUUUCACUGGGAUCUGUUUCAUCAGACGAUGCUCACCUGUGUUAAAAAGGGCAUUUCCCUAACAGACCAUUCAGAGGCUGAGUAUUUAACUUUAAUAUGUUUGUACUGUAGUCACUUGCGCUGUAGUCACUGUAGAUCCCGCUCAUUGUCCUCAUCCUAUGUUUUAUUGUUCUUGUUUAUCUGGCAUAGAAGCCUUUUUGUGCUAGAUUCAAGAUGUCAAAUGACCAUAUCUCUGAAAACCCUAAACAUUAAUUAAACAAAGGACCACACUUAACAAAAAUGACACUGAAAUUGAAAUAUUUCACAAUAAUUAACGCAAUUAUUAACACAUUUAUAAAAUAAACUAGAUCUGCUGAUGUUUUUUUGAGCAUUACACUGCUGUGACUCUCAUGUAAUCGUCUUCAUACUCCUGUGAUUCCCAUGUAAUUAGCUUCAUACUCCUGUGAUACCCAUGUAAUUAGCUUCAUACUCCUGUGAUUCCCAUGUAAUUAGCUUCAUACUCCUGUGAUUCUUUUUGUUUUUCUUAUUAAUAUUUCUCUGUAUUUGGAAUGUUUUUGGAAUUAAAAUAUCGUAUGGAUUUGGUUCUCUGGACCAUUGCCAUGAAAGGA